GCUGAAUGUUGUACGUGGUAUUCAUAAUUGGCAUAGACAAUUUUAACGACAAACAUUAUUCAAUUGUUAGUAAUUUGACACAAUGAAUUAUUUUACAUCGGUGGUUCAAAAAUUCUUGUGUUUAAGUUUUAUCAUAGUAAUAGUCGUUUCAACGGCAGAUGAUGAAAAUUUGCCCAACACUGAUGAUGAACAAGAAGGUUGUGUGAUUUGUUCAGAAAAUUACCCAACAGUGUCAUUAAGUGGUUGCAACCAUAAAAUGUGUAAUUCUUGUGUAAAUAGAAUGCUGGUUAUUAAUAAAUGUACUUAUAAAUGUCCUCGUUGUCUAGCAUACAUAUCUGAUUUCAUAAAUGCAGAGCCAGACACUAGAAAUAUUUGUUAUACUUGUGAAAAAGAACCCAUGGCAGUGGAAUUUCAUUGUAAAUAUGGACACAAGAUGUGUAAUAAUUGUGCUUAUAGAUAUUAUCAUGUAGUUAAAAGAAAAUCACGAUGUCCAUAUUGCAAUUUAUCUAUAGAAGAUUACAGUAAUCAACUGGAAACACCCGAUAUUUCUAUAGGUAUGAAUAAAAUAUUUCCUAUUGUCGAUGGAGAGGCGUGCUUGUGUAAAUCUGAGGUUACAUAUAUUGUUCUAAAGCCUUGUAAUCACCGUAUAGGAAGUACUUGUGGUUAUUAUGCAUUAGAUAACAUAUUUGUGACAAAUCAUUGCCCCAAAUGUAAUAAAAUUAUAAAAAAUUACAAAUAUUUAAAGGAACAAAUUUUAAAAAACAGUCAAAAUAAAGGGAUACUGAAGUAUUACAAUAAUAUAGUAAAAUUCAAUAAAAGACGAAGAAAUUAAUUAUAAUGAUAAUUCAUGUAAAAAUUUAUAA